CACAGUCUGCGCAGUACCAGUGUAAAAGCUGUCGUUUCAACAGCAGCAGCCGAUAUCCAGCCUUUUAUGAACAGUGACUGCUGUUUUAAACGCAAUACUAUGUAAAUGUAUGACAUUAACUAGCGCCGUUGUUGUUAUUAUGACGAAUAAUACAAACCCAAAGUUUUGGAAAAGGCUUAAACCUCAAACCACGUCCACUCGUCUGUCGUGGCAGCCUCAGGAGUCUCUGUCUGGACACAAAGAAACCGGAGAAGACCUGCAAUAUCAGGCUUUCUUUCAAAAUGGACACAGAGGUCUGCCCUGCCAAUCAGCCUACCUCUGCACUGUCAGACACCCAAUGGUCUGCCUCUGUGUCUGUUAAUGAAGCCUCUGGUGAUGAAAUCAUCAAACAGACGGUGUCAGCUUUGCCAUGUUCAGAGGUGGAGGAUCUAGAUUUCUACAACCUGAUUGAACCUCCUCCAUUAGACUGGAGGUCUGACUCCUCCAGCAAUGCGGGCUCUACAGACGAACUGGAUGACCACAGCUUCCCUCCUUCUUUCGACAGCUUAGACAAUGCCUCUCCAGGGAUGCCAGUAUUACUGCCUUUGGACAUGAGUGACACAGUUGCUCAACUAAACAUUAACCCGCAAGAAAUGAUAAAGAAUAUAGAGGUGGAAGUGGAGGAAGGGGAAGAGGAUACAGCAGUUGAGGAGGACAGAGGGCUGGGGGUGGAAGAGUUGGAGUGUGUUGAGGAAGACCAGGAGGAGGAAACAUUCAGGGACAUGGAAAGUACUGUCACUACAGAGGAUUUUGCUCACAGACGAUCAACUGAUGACGACCAUAGCCACAUCCACACCCUGCUUAGCCAGCUCCAGAUGAUGAGUGAAGAGCCUCAUCCCAGUCAUCAGUCACCACUUCACCAUCACUAUUCCAGCUUGUCUGAGGUGGAAGCUUGUGCUUCCUCCUCAAUAACAGAAGAUAGCACUGAGACCACUGGGUUGUUGUUCUCUGAAAGCCACCACAGGGACCUGCUGGGGCUGCUGCAGUGCACAGAGAUUGGCGCAACACCACAUCCAACCUGUUUGUCCCACACAGAGGAGGUGGAUGCUGUAGUGUCAGUUUCCUACAAUCAGGAGGAUGCACAGAGGUUCUGGGGUCAUUGUGAAAAUGGUCAUCGACUGCACAGGGACGAUUCCCUAAACUCAUUACCUGAUGAAGAGUAUCCUGAACCAGUGUGGAUGAAGCUGGGUGAGCAGCCUCCAGAUGAAGAGGCUGCUGCAGAAAGUGAGCAGAGCACUGAUGAUCAUCCUUCUUAUAAAGAUGUGCCUGGUCCCUGUGACCCCGAAGACCUGUUAGACGGGGUGAUAUUUGGGGCCAAGUAUCUGGGCUCCACUCAGAUGAAAUCAGAAAAGAACCCAUCGACAAAUGCUCGUAUGUCUCAGGCUCAGGAGGCUGUGGACCGAAUAAAGGCUCCAGAUGGUGAAUCUCAGCCAAUGACAGAAGUGGAUUUGUUCAUCUCCACACAGCGAAUCAAAGUGCUCACUGCUGACACACAGGAAGCAAUGAUGGAUCACGCUCUGCAGAUGAUCUCCUACAUUGCGGACAUUGGUAACAUUGUGGUCCUAAUGGCACGAAGGAAACGUAAAGGACAGGAUGGUGACCCACCCUCUAACUCUUCCUCUUCAUCAUCCGCCUCUGGGUCUCAGAAGAAGUGCUUAAUGAUCUGCCAUGUUUUCUCGUCAGAGGAUGCUCAGACCAUAGCCCAGGCUAUUGGCCAGGCAUUCGGAGUUGCCUAUCAGCAGUUCCUACAGGCCAAUGGGAUUAAAGCCAGUGACUUAAAGCCAGGAGAGUACAGUGACUACCUGGAAAGUCAGGAGCUCUAUAAUGGAGACCUAGCCCACUUCUCUGACUCGCAGAACAUCAGAGAGGUAGUCAUCACAAAAGCUUCUGGAGAGAUCCUGGGCUUGGCGGUGGUGGAGUCCGGCUGGGGCUCCAUCCUGCCCACUGUGGUUGUGGCUAACCUCCUUCACGGAGGUCCAGCUGAGCGCUGCGGUGAGCUCAGCAUCGGUGACCGCAUCAUGUCUGUGAACAGCACCAGCCUGGUGGGUCUGCCCAUCACCACCUGUCAGAACAUCAUCCGGGAUCUGAAAAGCCAAAAAUAUGUGAAGCUCAGCAUCGUUCACUGCCCUCCUGUCACCAUGGCAAUUAUCAGGAGGCCAGAUCCCAAGUUUCAGCUGGGCUUCAGUGUGGAGGACGGCAUCAUUUGCAGUCUGAUGCGAGGAGGUAUAGCAGAGAGAGGGGGCAUUCGUGUUGGACAUCGCAUCAUCGAGAUAAACGGGCAAAGUGUUGUUGCCACGCCACACGAAAAGAUCAUCCAGAUCCUGUCAAAUGCAAUCGGAGAGAUUCACAUGAAGACAAUGCCAGCCUCAACAUAUCGACUCCUCACAGGACAGGAGCAGCCACAGUUUCUUUGAGCACUUCCUGCUAUUGCAAUUCUACUGCACAGUGUUCAAGCUACAUGAAUUUUGCCAAACACAGAAAAUAUUAUGCAAGUGACUAUACAACAUAUUUUCGACUGUUAUCAUGCCAGUGAUGCAACAACUUAGUCUAAAUGUUUAUUUUAGUUAUAAAUGAAAAGAUAUUUUAAUGGACAGGGAUAGAUGAUAGCUCUCGGUUUAUAUUUAUCAGAUACAGAUAUUUAACAAUGUAAGGAGUAACUAAGAUGCAACAAAGCGUAAGUGCAACAUUUUUUGACUUUAGGAACUCAAAUGGUGAACAGUGUUGAGACAUUAUUAACUUCCAGCCUGGUGUGCCUGAGGUAAACAUGCUUUUAUGGGGACACUUAAUCGAAUCAGCUCAGAGGGUCAAUAUAUUUCAUUACGUGCUUCCAUUCUGUCACGCACACUUGCAUGUCAAGUGACUUUGACAAGCUUCAAAGUGACAAUGUAUGCCCUCAUUGUGCCUGACGGUAAGCAACUGAUGCACAAUUGAUGGAAACUGCCUUAUGCGAAAGAGAUGCUUAUAUAUUUCAAGAAUUUGCUGUUUUUUGGAUGUUUAUUAAAAUGAUCUGUAAGUUUU